AUGUCCAACACGGCUGUGUGUCUGGUCGCUGUUGCGCUUCUCUGCGGAGGAGCUUUGGCGACUCCAUUACGCAGCAGCGCGCCGCCGGGGCCGGACGCAACGCUCUGCACCAAACACGCCAGAUCUCUUCUGCUCAGGCUGAGGAGCGUCCUGGAUUCAGCGCUGGAGGAACAGAGUGGAAGCGACGCUUUGUUCCACGGCUUUAACUGCACGGAUCUGCGCGCUGAACUGAGGCCGGACAGCCAGACGGUCGCCGUGUGCCAGCCCGACCAGUAUGUGACAUGUUCUGACCAAAGCAGCUCUUCAUUCAGCGAGCCUGAAUGUCUGAAGAACGUCAGAGGAGACCUGCAGUAUUACCAGCUGAUGCUGAGAGACUACGUGAAGUCUCUGGAUCAGAAGCAGAAAUCUCGAUCCAUCGCUGAGCUCACCUCCAUUACCAAACUGAUACAAACCCUUCAGGAGGAAUGUCCACUACUGCCAAAAACCGAGGAGCCCCCAACGACAACCUGGGUAGCCAAAGACCCGUUCUAUGACCGCAUGGAUCUGUGCAAGCAGCUGAAGGGUUUCCACAUCCGCACCAUCACCAUCAACAGAGUGCUCGGCUACAUCAGCACUGGGGAGUACAAGAAAUAA